CGCUUUCUGAAAUUUCACUGUGACUGUGAUUGGCAUUCGCAGCUCAAUCUUCAUCGUGAUUCGUCUUUUGCGUUUUGUGUUACGUGUGAAUUUCUCGUAAGUGGUCCCGUUUCGUGUCCAUAGCGACUUAAAGAAUGCGUUACGUAGCCGCUUACCUCUUGGCCUCUUUGGGAGGAAACAAAAAUCCAUCAGAAGCUGAUAUUGAGAAGAUCCUUGGAAGUGUAGGAAUUGAAGUUGACAAGGAAAGGUCGAAGAAGGUUAUCUCUGAAUUGAGUGGAAAGAAUGUUGAGGAAAUAAUUACAAAUGGAAAAUCGAAACUUGCCUCUAUGCCUGCAGGUGGUGGUGCAGUUGCUGCCGGUGGUGCACCAGCCGCUGGUGGAUCCCCUGCUAAGGAAGAAAAGGUAGAAGCUAAAAAGGAAGAAUCUGAUGAGGGAUCAGAUGAUGACAUGGGUUUUGGCCUGUUUGACUAAAUAAAGUUUUUAUACUUGUA